UGCUAAUGCGUGACAUGAUUUGCAGACAACGAAUUUAUCAUAAAUUUUUGACGCGAGAAGUCCUGUCCGUCGAUUGAUCCGGCAAACGUUCGGAGGACAAGCGGAAUGGAUCAAUGUUGCGCAUGCUGGCGCAUGUGAGAUGACGGCACGUGAGAUGCUGAGUUGUCAUCUCUGCGCUCCGUCCUCGUCCUUUUCUCCUUAUCGUCGCACUUGUCGUCAGUCUGUGCGUCAGGCAGGAACAGUUAAACUCCCGAUCGCAAAAUGAAAGAUCACGACGGAACGCCCCAUCAGAAAAAGCCUACGAAACUAAGGAAUAUCGCGGAUAAGACGGAAGCAUUUGAUUCCUUGCACGUCAAAAAUGCCGAGAAAACGCUUUGCACGAACCAAGUCUGUCUUGGUAGCAUAAUGCAGCUGCCAUUGCAUGGAACGGAGCCACGUACAAAAGAGGAAAUUUUGUUUCACGCGAAGGACUUUUUGGAGCAAUAUUUCACUUCUAUCAGAAGAUUGAAUAGCGACGCUCAUCGUGCACGUUGGGAGAGCGUGCAGAGAGAAGUAAUUGCCACUGGUACAUAUCAAUUAACGGAAACGGAAUUGGUUUUCGGUGCGAAGCUAGCAUGGAGAAACGCUGUAAGAUGCAUUGGUCGCAUACAGUGGUCGAAACUACAGGUUUUCGAUUGCCGCUACGUUACAACUACGAGUGGCAUGUUUGAAGCUUUAUGCAAUCAUAUCAAGUACAGUACAAAUAAAGGGAAUAUUAGAUCCGCAAUAACAAUAUUUCCGCAGCGUACUGACGGAAAGCACGAUUAUAGAGUAUGGAAUCAACAAUUGAUCAACUAUGCAGGAUAUAAAAAUCCAGAUGGUACUAUUCUGGGCGAUCCUGCCAGCGUAGAAUUUACAGAGGUUUGUAUGAAAUUAGGAUGGAAGGGCGCACGGACUAGAUUUGACAUAUUGCCAUUGGUAUUAUCUGCCAAUGGGCAUGAUCCAGAUUAUUUUGACAUUCCCAGCGAUUUGGUACUUGAAGUACCUCUUACUCAUCCUACAUACGAUUGGUUUGAGAAAUUAGAUCUCAAAUGGUUUGCUGUCCCUGCGGUGUCUGGAAUGGUUUUCGAUUGCGGUGGUCUGGUGUUUACCGCUGCACCUUUCAAUGGCUGGUACAUGAGUACCGAGAUUGGCUCCAGAGAUUUAUGCGAUACUCACAGAUAUAAUAUGCUCGAGACAAUAGCGAUGAACAUGGGUCUAGACACAAGGACACCUACGUCAUUGUGGAAAGAUAAAGCAAUGGUAGAAGCUAACGUCGCGGUACUGCACAGUUUUCAGAUAAAAAAUGUAACGAUCGUGGAUCAUCAUACUGCUUCGGAAUCCUUCAUGAAACAUUACGAAAAUGAAAUGCGUCUCCGAAACGGUUGUCCUGCAGACUGGCUGUGGAUCGUGCCGCCGAUAUCUGGAUCUGCCACGCCAGUGUUUCAUCAAGAAAUGGCUCUUUAUCAUUUGAAGCCUUCUUACGACGCUCAGGACCCAGCAUGGAAAAUUCAUAUAUGGAAGAAAGGACGCGACAAGAAGACAACUUCGAAAAAACCAAGAAGAAAGUUCCACUUCAAGCAGAUCGCGAGAGCCGUGAAAUUUACAUCCAAGCUAUUCGGACGAGCGUUAUCGCGUCGAAUAAAAGCGACCGUGUUGUUCGCUACGGAAACUGGCACAUCUCAAAUGUAUGCGGAGAAGUUGAGCGAGUUACUCGGCCACGCUUUUCAUUCCCAAGUACUCUCGAUGGAAGAAUACGAUAUCAGCAACAUAGAACAUGAGGCCCUCCUGCUGGUGGUAACUUCUACCUUUGGAAAUGGUGACCCGCCGGAAAACGGCGAGGCCUUUGCACAAAAUUUAUAUGCGAUGAAAAUGAAUGACGCUUACAUAAACAAUGAGAAUAAGAUCAGUUUGGCAACCUCAAAGUCGUUUAUCAAGGCUAACAGCCAAACUGAAGUGAGCGGAUCGAAGAAACUGGAUCGACUAGAUUCUCUGCGUGGUUCUACGACGGAUUCGCAAACCGAGGAUACCUUCGGACCUCUCAGCAAUGUGCGAUUUGCCGUGUUCGCGCUGGGAUCGUCUGCAUAUCCGAAUUUCUGUGCGUUUGGCCGCUAUGUCGACAAUUUGUUAGGAGAAUUAGGCGGAGAGCGAUUGGCACGUUUGGCCCAGGGUGAUGAGAUGUGCGGACAGGAGCAAACCUUCCGGAAGUGGGCAGCUGAUAUCUUCGCGAUCGCAUGCGAGACAUUCUGCCUGGACGAUGACGACACGUUACUAGAAGUAGCUCUAUCCCUAGGUUCCGAAGCAUUAUCUGCGGCCACAGUUCGUUUUGUAGAAACUGAGCCUCAACCGAUUGCCAAAGCAUUAAGCAAAUGCCAUAACAAAAAUGUAACGAUGUGCAAUAUGCUACGAAGAACCAACCUGAGUGGCGACGAGUCCAGCGGAACAACAUUAUUCUUAGAAUUGGAUGACAUAGUGGGCAUGGAUAUCUCCUACAAACCUGGAGAUCAUUUAGGUGUAUUUGCAUGCAAUCGAGCAGACCUUGUGGAGAGAAUUUUGCAACGCGUGCAAUCUAUCUUCGAUCCUGAUACAUCGAUCGAAUUACAAAUGCAGAAGCAAGCGCAUACUCCCAAUGGAAUUGUGAAAACAUGGAUCCCUCAUGACAGAUAUUUACCGAAUUCCUUCAAAAUGCUGCUAACUCGAUUUUUGGACAUCACGACACCACCUACACCAAAUCUGUUGAGAUAUUUCGCUUCGAUAGCUACAAAUGCCAAAGAACGAGCACAACUUGAUCUUCUGGCCUCUGAUCCGACAGCUUAUGAGGAUUGGAGACAUUGGAAGUUCCCCAAUUUGGCUGAAGUUUUGGAUGAAUUUCCAUCUGUGACUCCAUUUGCUCCGUUGCUCGUGUAUCAUCUAACACCUUUGCAACCGAGAUUCUACAGUAUUUCGUCGUCUCCGCAGGUGCACCGAGGACAAAUACAUCUAACAGUCGCAGUGGUGCAAUAUCGAACGCAAAACGGUUCUGGACCGACACAUUUUGGUGUCUGCUCCAAUUACCUGAAGGAGAUAUCCGAUGGAGAAUUGCUAUAUGUGUUUGUACGAAGCGCGCCAAACUUUUAUAUGCCAACGGAAACUGAGGCACCAAUUAUAUUGGUAGGACCAGGUACUGGAAUAGCUCCUUUCCGAGGUUUCUGGCAUCAUCGAUUUGCUCAGAUGAAACUUCAGCAGAAUCAAAAGUUUGGUAAGAUUUGGCUCUUCUUUGGCUGCCGUCAAAAAAAUUUGGAUUUAUACAGACAAGAGAAGAAAGAAAUGUUGGAUGUAGGUGUUUUGGAUAAAGUAUUUUUAGCAUUAUCCCGAGAACCUGGUAUUAAAAAGACCUAUGUGCAAGAUUUAAUCCAAGCGGAAGCAUCACAGAUUUAUAAAAUGGUAAUGUAUGAACGCGGCCACUUCUACGUUUGUGGAGACUGCACAAUGGCGGAAGACGUUUAUCAGACCUUAAAACAGAUUAUACAAACGCAUAGCCAAAUGACAGAUAAAGAAGUCGAAGCGUAUAUGCUAUCACUAAGGGAUGAAAACCGCUACCAUGAAGAUAUAUUCGGUAUAACAUUACGCACCGCCGAGGUACAUAAUCGAUCGCGCGAGACUGCUAGAAUCCGGAUGGCUGCUGAACCAUGAAAAUAUCAAAACUGAUAAAGCAUAGUCCAAGUAAUUUUCGUUCAAAGAGUUGCUAUUACAUUAAUAAUUACUGCACGUAAUAUAAAGAGGUUGCUACAUUAUAAUAAUUAUUGCACACAACAUAGGGGAAAUCUGUUUUAUUUACAAGUAGUGCUUGAUUAAACCUUGCGAUUCCUAGGAUAUUUUUAUCCGCUAUUUCGUGGGUCCACAUAUAUUCAAUCGUACCAAAUAUCACACUAAUUAUAUGUUCGCUGCACGUAGUAAUCCAUAAGAUAAAUAUAUGGAAUUUAUUAAUUC